GCCCGACGCGUUUUUUGGCGGACCAGAGCAGAGCAGAGCUGCAAGGCACCCGCCCACACAGCUUGAUACCCACAGACCUCCGUUCUCUGUUGUUUCCUUCCGCCUUCCUUCCGCCGACCACAGCUACCCGCGCCAAGAUGCAGGCACCGGUGAUUGUUAUGAACUCGCAGACCCCCGGCGGGGAGCGGCAAUUCGGACGCAAAGCCCAGCUGUCAAACAUCACAGCUGCGAAGACGGUCGCGGACAUCAUUCGAUCAUGUCUGGGCCCCAAGGCCAUGCUCAAGAUGCUGCUCGACCCCAUGGGCGGCAUCGUCCUCACCAACGACGGCCAUGCUAUUCUCCGAGAAAUCGAGGUCGCACACCCCGCCGCGAAGAGCAUGAUUGAGCUGAGCCGCACGCAAGACGAGGAGGUUGGGGACGGCACUACUACCGUCAUAAUAUUAGCUGGAGAAAUCCUCGCCCAAGCACUCCCGCAGCUGGAGCGCCACAUCCACCCGGUCGUCAUCAUCCAAGCCUUUAAGCGGGCACUCGCCGACGCGCUGGAGAUUAUCGAUGAGAUAGCGGUGGAUGUGGACAUCGACGACGACAAGGCCAUGUACCAGCUCAUCAACGCGUCAAUCGGCACAAAAUUCGUGUCGCGGUGGUCGGAGCUGAUGUGCGGUUUGGCACUCAAAGCCGUGCGGACGGUGUCGAUCGAGGUUGGGGGCAAGAAGGAGGUGGACAUCAAACGCUACGCGCGUAUCGAGAAAAUACCAGGCGGCGAGAUCGAGGACAGCCAGGUGCUGGACGGAGUCAUGCUGAACAAGGACAUCACACAUCCCAAGAUGAGGCGGAGGAUCGAGAACCCCAGGGUCAUGCUCCUCGACUGCCCUCUGGAGUACAAGAAGGGCGAGAGCCAAACAAAUAUCGAGAUCAGCAAAGAGGAAGAUUGGAACCGCAUAUUGCAGAUUGAGGAAGAACAGGUGAAGGCUAUGUGCGAUGCCAUUAUUGCGCUCAAGCCUGACCUGGUCAUUACUGAGAAGGGCGUCAGCGACCUUGCGCAACAUUUCCUCGUCAAGCACAACAUCACUGCUAUCCGCCGAGUACGUAAGACAGACAACAACCGCGUUGCACGAGCCACCGGCGCCACAAUCGUGAACUCCGUCUUCGCUGCGACCGCAUCCGACAUUGGCACACACUGCGGUCUCUUCGAGAUAUCCAAGAUCGGCGAUGAAUACUUCACCUUCUUGACAAAGUGCAAAGACCCCAAAGCAUGUACGAUCUUGCUGCGAGGCCCGUCAAAGGAUAUUCUCAAUGAGAUUGAGCGGAAUCUCCACGAUGCCAUGGGCGUUGCUAGGAACGUCAUCUGGAACCCUAAGCUCUGCCCUGGAGGCGGUGCUACUGAAAUGGCUGUCGCGGUUGGCCUCGAGAGGAGAUCGAAGCUGAUAGAAGGAGUGGCGCAGUGGCCGUACAAGGCCGUCGCUGAGGCUAUGGAAGUCAUUCCUCGCACACUCAUCCAAAACUCGGGUAACAGCCCUAUCAAGGUGCUCACCGAGCUUCGGGCCAAGCACGCGGAGGGCUACGAGGAUGGAAAGCAUAGCGGCAGCUCAUGGGGUAUCGACGGAGACGCUGGCAAGGUGGUGGACAUGCGGCAGUUCGGCGUGUGGGAACCGAUGGCGGUCAAGGAGCAGAGCGUAAAGACGGCCGUGGAGAGUGCAUGUCUGCUGUUGAGGGUGGACGAUAUCGUUGCGGCGAAGGCGGCGAAACAAGCCUCCGGCCCCAUUGGAGGCGGUGGCGAUGAUUAGACGGGGCGGUUGACCAGAUCGAUGUAGUAAGCAUCUAAUCGUUGGGGUUUAUAGAUCUUACGUCCGUCCCCAACUGAAGAUAAAAUAGCAUGAAGCACACCUUCAGCGUCAAAUUCCA